AUGGUCAGCAUUCCUAGUGCUCUAGUGAUCGCCAGCGUGGCUGCCAUGGCCACCGCAAGCGCUUUCCAUGCAGACUCACACCACCGGACCCUGCAGGCUGUCAACUUUCGUCAGGAACUGCUGAACGAGAUCAAUGCCGUACGGAAGACUCACAAGCUGCCUGAGCUUUGCAUCAACAAUAAGCUCAUGUAUGCGGCUCAGGAUCAUGCGAACGACAUGGCGGAACACAACUUCGUCAAUAGUACGAGCCUGAACGGCACGGUGCCCGAUGUUCGGGCUUUUAAGUCCGGCUUUGUGGACAACAACGUGACGGAAACCGUGGGGGGUGGAUAUAAAACUGCAUCGACUAUCGUCGCUGCGUGGGCCGAGACCAACCAUGCCCAUAACACGCUGCUCAGCGACUGCAAUGUCAUGGGUCCCGGCUACGCAUUUGACAGGACCAAGAGGCUUGUGCACUUCUGGGCUGUCGACUACUCGACCGGCACCUGUGGUGAUGGAACGGCAAAGGGCAGCUCAACUUCAUCGAGCGGCAGUGAUGACGACGACGAUGAACAUGAGUCAGAGGACGACGAGAACAAGGAGAAAAGCCGUGACUCAUCGGGCGACUCGGAUGAGAAUGUACCUCUGCCUGCCGCUCCUCCUGCUGAAGACGCGAAAACUCCGGUGGGUUCGCCUCCCGCGGUUGACGAUAAGACUGGUUCUACGCCUGCCAUUCCCACCAAACCUGCUGACCUCAAAACCCCUAUCGACCCUGGUACCGUCCAUGCUGCCUCAGGUAACCCCCCUGCUCCUCCUAGUGCUGAGGCUCCGGCCACUGAUCCUCCCGCGACUGAAGAAGAGGCUCGCUCAAGCGAAUCUCUUAUAAAACCAGUUACUCCUGUCGCCCCUGCUAAACCAACCGGCCCAGUCGCCCCUGCCAAACCAACCGUCCCUGUUGGCACUACAUCAACCACCCCUAAGGACCCUGCAGGCGCUAAACCAACCGCCCCUGGUAGCCUCCCUCCUGCCGCCGCCCCUCUUGCUGUCGACCCUGCUGCCGCUGCUCUCAUCACUUAA